GAGCCUCCCUUCAUGCUCCUGCUCAGAACCGCCUGCUCGCCUGACUGCAAACUGUUGCAGACUUCAGAGGAGCUCCGAACAUCCCGCUGCUCUCCACCCUGGGAAAAGGAAAAAGGCUCGUUUUACGCGCGGAGCUGUUCGGUCCAGACUUGGUCAGGGGGGAGAAAAAAAAGGAAAGUUACGCAAGAGAAAGUGAUAUCAAUCUGGGCGGAAGCUGAAACGGUGCGAUUCUGGGUUUGACUAGAGGAGAGACAAAGGCAAAGAGCAAGACGAGAUUCCUCCUUUGUGAAGGUUUUUGUCAAAGGAAAAAAUGUCUAAACCAAACUACUCCGGCACCUUUCAUAUGGUGGAGCAGCAAAAUAUGGACGCCUACCUCGAAGCUUUAGAUCUUAAUUUUGCCUUAAGGAAAAUUGUGUGUCUGCUGAAGCCCACCAAAGAAAUUACCCACAACCCGGAGACGGGAGCCAUGAAGAUCCGCACGCUCACCACCUUCAAGAACUUUAACAUGGAUUUCACCAUCGGGAAAGAAUUCACUGAGGAUCUGGGGCCGGUGGACGGACGCACCUGUCAGACCACAGUGAGCUGGGAAGGAGACACGCUGGUGUGUGUGCAGCGAGGAGAGAAGGAGGGCCGUGGCUGGACUCACUGGCUGGAGGGCGACAAGCUGCAUUUGGAGAUGAGAGUUCAAGGCGUCGUUGCCAAACAGGUUUUCAAAAAGGCCAACUAAAGCUGCUAAAAAAGCUGAAGUGAAUAAUCUUUCUGGAAACGUAGCCAAAAUAAAGACUGAAUCUAAUUUGUAGGUUUUUUUUAUUUUAAUCAGUGCCUUUUAAUUGAUAGUGUUUAAAAAAAUGGCCAGUAGGAUUUGAAAAGGUUUCUCUGUGUAUGUUCUGUGUGAUAAGAGAUUAGCAGGCCAGCCAUGACCUUUUUGAAAUGCCAAACUUGUUUAUGUGCUAUAAAGAAAUCAAACAUCUGUCACUUCCUUCAUCUGUGUUUUCAAUACACAGCAUUCUACAUGUAAUGAAGUUUUAACAUGUAAUAAUAAUAAAAAAGACCCAUUUCAAUUAAAA